AUUCGUAAAGUUUUUGGAAUCCUUUUUAUGUCUGAGUUAUAUUCUAUAAUGAAAAAAUUAAUUACAAAUUAAAAUAAACGUAAACAAAAUACUGCUGUUGCUUUUGGGAAUAGAUAUUUUGAAUUAUUUUAAUAUUUGUUAAUAGAAAACUCAAGAAUAUAACAGAUUGUAGUUGGAUUAUCUGAAAUAUAGAUAAAAUAGAGAAUGGAAACGAGCCAAAAACAACAAUUUUAUAGUUUAUAAGUUAGACAAAAUCUGCAAUCGCAAAACUUUUUACCAGAGUAUGAAACAAUGAAUAAAGAUACCUGCGUAGAAAAUAAUACAGAUUCUAGUAAUUGGUACCAAUCUGGGAAAGAUGUGGAGUUUGAUGACCCAUACGGUAGUGAGUCAGAAAUAAAAUCUGAUAAUGAAGAUGCAGAAAAGGGAACUGAAACAUUACCUGAUGAUACCACAGAAGUCCAGGAUGAAACGGAAAAGGAAGGACCCAAAAGGAAAAAGAAGUACUUAAACUAUAGCCAGAGUACAGGAAUCAGUUUCUUUUUCUUCUCAUGGAUGACAGAUUGGAUAAAACUUGCAAGUAAAGGAGAACUCAAACACGAAGAUUUCCCAGAUAUACCAGACUCAGAUUUUGAUCAAUACGCAACAGCAGAGUUCGGAAGUUGUUUGGAUAAGUAUAGAGAUUAUGAAAAGUGUAACAAACUAGUUAAACUGGUAGGGCGAAGUAGACUGUGUGUGUUAAAGGUAUUUAGAAGAAGUUUUGUGUUCAUAUUCUGUUUCUCAAUUUUUAAUGACAUAUUCGAAGUGUUCAACUCAUACCUACUGAGGCACGUGAUGAAACAAAAAAUGCCAACCACGAUGAAAGAGCUUUUAAGAUAUUUUGGACUGGUGUUUUUGGUGUUGAUAGUCAACUUGGUGGAUAUAGUGACGGAUGGACACCAUUAUUUCUACUACCGGAGACUAGUGUUAAGAAUAGAGAAUCUCUUAUUUUCAUUCUUGUUUAGUAGAAUACUGUCUAAAAAUCACUUUAGCAUAGAAAAUGGAUCUCAUAGAUCUGAGCCCAGGUCUGACUCAUUCCUAAUACCAUUAGACCCGAAUAAUAGCUUUAACAUAUCAGCAUUGCCUAGGUACCACCAUAAAAGUAGUGGGAUAGUGGAUAGUCAAGCAAACUUCAAGCUCGAAAAGAUUAACAAGAAAAAUAAAAAGAGCUCGAGAUUCUCAAAAAGACCGAAAAACGUGAGGUUUGACGAGGAGGAAAUAAGCUUGUUAAAUCUGGCCCUGUUUGACAUUUCAGAGAUUGCAUGGGGAAUUCUUAAGUUAAUUGACCUUCUGACCAUCCCGCUGAAGAUUUUAAUAAUAGGUUGCUGGCUUUACUACCAAGUAGGAACAACAGCAAUAAAAGCAGUGAGCUUUAUAAUCAUCUCGAGUGUACUGAUGGUCCUGUCUGAAUACCAGUCGGCGAAAUUAGUCAAGGGGUAUGUGGCAAGGAUAGAUUACAGAAUCUCUAAAACCCUGAUCAUUCUGGAAAACCUUACAAACUUUAAAAUGUUCAGAUGGUUGAACCUCUGUAAGCAAUCAGUAUUGAUGAGUAGGAUCAUAGAACUACAACUGUGCCUGAAAAGAACUAUACUCAGCUCCAUCGGGUCAUGGCUUGGAAUAAGCCUACCCAGUAUUCUAGGACUGGCGGUUUUCCUUAUUUAUUCAACAAGUCAGAAAAGAGUGGCGAAUUUAGACCCGUCGUUCACAAUCCCACUCCUGCAUACUCUUAACCAUUUUAUUAAGCCCUUUAAGGACCUCCCAUCAGAUUUAAGUGACCAUCUGGAAACCACAAUAUCAUGUGUCCGUAUAGAGACUUUUCUGUUCUCCAAGCAGUUAAAGUCGUAUAUUGACACUAAUUUCACAGGUUCUGGAACUAGCCCUAACUCUACAACGCCAUCACCUUCAUUUGAAAGCACACCGAAGAAGGCGCAGGAUCUGACAACAAUGGUGAAAACAAUAUACGAAGAGGAAAUAGAAACAGGAAGAAGCACUUUGAUAGAUGAAAGCGAUAAUAUCUUCGACAAUGGAGGCUUUUUUACAGACGAUAAGGUGAAUUUCCAGAUUGGUAAACAGGAGGAGGAGCAAACCGAAGAAGAUAAAUACGUCGUCUAUAUGAAAAAUGCAACCUUUUGUAGAGGAGAGAAGAAGAUAUUCAGUGGAAUUAGUUUCAAGUUACGCCAAAGAGAUAAAGUUGUAAUCUCAGGAUCAAACAUUACUGAGAAGUUUUUAUUUAGCAUGUGCCUGAUAGAUGAAUUACGACACACUGACGGGAUAUACUUUAACCACUACAUUAAUAAGAAUAUGUGCACGGGAAUAGUGAGCCAGAGCCCGUGGAUACCAAUGGGGACAAUCAGGGAAAUAAUACUGUUUGGAAACCAGUACAACAGGAAGCUUUACGAAAAAAUCAUUGAAAUCUGCCAACUUAGCCAUGACUUUGCAAACUGGAAGAUGAACGAUAUGCGGUUCAUAGAUGAAGGUGGACAAAAUCUAUCAACGGGGCAGAAAGUAAGAAUAUCACUAGCAAGAACAUUGUACACACUGUAUGCAAAUUACUUUGAACUUGAUAAUUUCAAAUCCAUGAGCAGUAAUGGAGCAGUGAGUACAAAUAACAAUGGAGGAAAAAAGAACAAGAUGGGAAAUUUGGUUAUACUGGAUGAGAUCUUUACAGUCCUUGACCCACAAAUAGCCACGAAAAUUUUUAGUAACCUGUUUGGAAGGGACGGAAUACUGAAUAACUUCACAUGCAUCAUAACAAUACAAGAUAGUUUCUUGCCAACGUUAAAGGAUACCAAGUAUAACAAUUACUUUAAAUUUUAUACCUUGACGACGGCAUAUAUUCAGCCAAUAACAUUCUACUCUCAUGAAGAAAUUUUAGAAGUUGAAAAUACUGAGGAGGAGGAAUCAGAUGAAAAUACGUUACCACUAGAAAGAAAAAGUUCAAGUGAAAGUGCGAAAGAGGAUAAGUUUAAAGAAUUUGAGGAAGAACCGCAAGAACCUGUAACAAGAAGUGAAACCGGACCGCAAGGCAGUGAACUGGAAGUUAACAAGAAGGACAAGGAGUUGGAUGAAAAGGAGAAGCUUUUUGGAAGCAACGAACUCUUUAGUAACGGUAACCAGAAUAUAUGCCUUGUCAAGCUGGAAAAUUUCAUAUGGUACCUCAAGAAGGUAGGACUCAGACUAGUAAUACUCGUGGUCUCAGUCUCAUUUACAGCAAUGAUGCUAAACGUUGGAAGCGAUAUUGUAGUAUCAAAAUGGUCACCACCAAAAUCUAAAGCCGAAGCAAUGGCAGGCAAAGUAAGUCAAGUAAUGCAGAUGAAAAGGACUAGUUAUUUGAUGAAGUUGAACUAUUUGUACAUCUUCACGUUUUUGACCUCUUGUACAAUUGUACUGUUUUUGUGGAGAUCACUUUUGGAAGUCCAAGGAACACUGAGCGCAGCACACAAGGUCUACUCAAGUGCACUAAACGGUAUACUGAAUUGUCCUAUAGUGAUAUUCAACAAGAUACCAAUAGCAAACAUAAACAACAGACUUAGCGCAGACCAAAGUUACGUGGAUUACAGCGUGUUUCGAAGAUUUUCACACUUCAUGUCAUCAUUCAUAUAUACAUUUCUGACAGCUGCAUCACUGUGUUAUUUGAACCCAUGGUCAGCACUCCUAAUACCCCUGUUGAUAUUGUUAUCAUAUUUGUUCGUGUUCAAAAUGUACAUACCAAUGUCAAUAUUUAACAUGAGGAGCAGUUUGGAAACUAGAGGAUAUAUCUGCAGUCAGUUCUCCCAAGUCAUAUCAGGCUCCUACGUAAUAAAGUGCCUCAACAACGAAAAUUACAUCAUGAACAACUUUUUAAAGUACCUGAAAAUACAUCAAAACACCAAGUUCUUCUGCCAUGCCUCGUCCAGCUGGACCAUGAUCAGGCUUAAAAUACUGACGUACCCGCUGAUUGUAAUUAACUUGCUGAAACCCCUAAUUCCGAUCAUAAGCGACGCUAAGUUUAACUCCGCAGAGAGCCGCAAAAUAGCAGAAAUGCCAAGUGCCACCAGAAUGGCACAGGAAGAGAAGAAAAAUGAGAUGGUAGAUGGGAACAUAGGCCUGGCGCUAACAUAUUCAUAUAAGUUCGCAAAGCUAUUAAAGUCAACACUCAAUAAAAUCGUGGAACUAGAAACUGAAAUGUGUGCAUCACAACGUUUACAAGAAUUGGCAAAGCUGGACCCAGAUUAUGAUAUAGCAGAAGAAAAGAUAUUCACAUUCAAGAGAAGAAGUAAAGUGAAUAAAAACUUGGUUACUACUAAGAUUAAUCACAUUAACAGUAAAGUGUCAAUAUCACCGGGGAGCCUAACACCCUCGCUCACCAGCUUGGGAUCCUUUGAUGAACCUGAAGAUACCCUUUCUGAAGGCUUGUCAGUUAGCAAUGUGGUAGUUAAGUACGAUAGCAAGAUUUGCUUAAACCAAAUUAACUUCAAAACUGAUAAAAAUGAACACGUUGGAUUAAUAGGAAGAACAGGGGCAGGGAAAAGCACUUUAUUACAAAGUCUAGCAGGCUUAAUUAAGCUCGAUUCAGGGACUAUAAGGAUCGACGGAGUUGAUAUAUCGAAAAUUUCGAAUGAGAAGAUGAAAAACUUGGUAGGAAUCCUGCCACAUACACCACCGCUAUUACCAGGAUGGACAGUGAGGAGGUACAUUGACCCGGAAGACAAGCACACAGACGAGGAAAUUUACAAGGCAGCCAAGAUGUGCAACUACACAAAGUUUAUCGGAUACCUGUUAAGGUGCGACUUUGAAAACAAGAACAAGAAGGACGGAGAUGGUACAAAAUUAACUGAUGAACAAAGCGAGUUCGGAGAUUACGCUGAAAGCGAGAUAAACGACGAGUUGAUCAUAGGAGGAGAUACCUUUGAGAACUUAAUAAAGGCCCUGGACAUUAGAAUUGCGAAACAAAAGGAAAAUAAAUGCAUCACAGUCUCAGAUGUCGAUCUUCAGUAUUUGACGCUACUGAAACUAUACCUUGACAGAAACAAGUUAAGGCUCAUUUUAAUUGACGAAUGUUACACAGUGGAGCAGGAUAAUAAGCACAAGCUGGAACAGAUAACUGUCAUCAUUAAUAGGCUAUUUAAGGAGAAUAUUGUCAUAAUAGUGGCUCACCAACACGAAUCUCUAAGCCUAUGUAACCGAGUGCUACUAUUGGAAGGCGGGAAGAUUGGAGAAAUCCAACACGAAAAUUAA